GUCAGCGCCGAGGCCGUGGGGGCAGCGACGGCGCCGGGUAGCGGAGCAGCGGCCACGCCAUGUGGCUGCUGGGGCCGCUGUGCCUGCUGCUGAGCAGCGCCGCGGAGAGCCAGCUGCUCCCAGGGAACAACUUCACCAACGAGUGCAACAUUCCCGGCAACUUCAUGUGCAGCAAUGGGCGGUGCAUCCCCGGGGCCUGGCAGUGCGACGGGCUGCCCGACUGCUUUGACAAGAGUGACGAGAAGGAGUGCCCCAAAGCUAAGUCAAAAUGCGGCCCGACGUUCUUCCCCUGCGCCAGCGGCAUCCAUUGCAUCAUUGGCCGCUUCCGGUGUAACGGGUUUGAGGACUGUCCCGAUGGCAGCGACGAGGAGAACUGCACAGCAAACCCUCUGCUUUGCUCCACUGCCCGCUACCACUGCAAGAAUGGUCUCUGCAUUGACAAGAGCUUCAUCUGCGAUGGACAAAAUAACUGUCAAGACAACAGUGAUGAGGAAAGCUGUGAAAGUUCUCAAGAACCAGGCAGCGGGCAGGUGUUUGUGACGUCGGAGAACCAGCUCGUCUACUACCCCAGCAUCACCUACGCCAUCAUCGGCAGCUCGGUCAUCUUCGUGCUCGUGGUGGCCCUGCUCGCGCUGGUCUUGCACCACCAACGGAAGCGGAACAACCUCAUGACGCUGCCCGUGCACCGGCUGCAGCACCCCGUGCUGCUCUCCCGCCUGGUGGUCCUGGACCACCCCCACCACUGUAACGUCACCUACAACGUCAACAACGGCAUCCAGUAUGUGGCCAGCCAGGCCGAGCAGAACGCGUCGGAGGUGGGCUCCCCUCCCUCCUACUCGGAGGCCCUGCUGGACCAAAGACCUGCAUGGUACAACCUCCCUCCACCACCCUACUCUUCCGACACUGAGUCCCUGAACCAAGCAGACCUGCCCCCUUACCGCUCACGGUCCGCAAGUGCCAACAGCACCAGCUCCCAGGCAGCCAGCAGCCUCCUGAGCGUGGAAGACGCCAGCCGCGACCUGGGGCAGCCUGGCCUGCAGGAGGGCACCGCCGAGCCCAGGGACUCCUUGCCCAGCCAAGGCACCGACGAAGUAUAAAAUCCAGUUACUCCAAAGUCCAUAUGGGUUCAUCUGCUCUGACUUGUUACCAUCCUAACAAUUUGUGCUCAUGGGAGGCUCCUUAGGGUUCCUGGAGGAGCAGUUUGGGUUAUGAGCUAUCUCUCCACUUCCUUCCUCCCCCAAAUUUCAGGGAUACUCUUAGGAAGGCAGCCGGGCAUCUUCCUGGCCUGUCUGCUGAUGUGCACAAUACAUCUUCUUCUGUGAGGUCCCUCUUCUUUUGGGGCCUGGGAUCACAUCAGCUUUCUCGUCAUUCUUGUGUUACUAUCAGAACCCUUCCGAGGGGAAGUUGUACAUUUGCAGGCAGCAGUAUAAAACAGUAUUUAAGUAGUCUUUGAGAAAGCAGUGUUUCUGGUCCGUGCUGGCUGUUCGAAAGGGCAGAAGAUACCGGACCCAGCUCUCUGCUGGGCUCCUACUACCUUCAAGGUCCAUUUUGGAUUUGGGUGGGAUGGCUGCCACGAAGGUAUGUGUGGUUAGCCAGUCCAGAGAGAAUCCAGAUGAACAACCAAACACUGCCUUGUGCUAUCCUACACAUCCCUCUGGUCCAUUGCAGGCAGUCACCAAAGAAAACUUUUGACACGAAUAACACCCUUCAGCAAUAGGCAGCAUCGUUUCGUUUUCGAGAAUGACUCUGAAAGCCAUCUCCUCUGGAUGGAUUCUGGGUUUAAGAAUUUGCCCAAGAAUCCUCAUUUAGAGAGCUUCCCUCCAGCAAUGUGUACCAUCAGCCUGAUCCCAGAGGGGGCAGGGGAACCCUGCCACGAGUUUAUCCUAGUUCUCAGACCCAAGACCCUGUCUUGGUUCCACCUUCCCUUCCUGGCACUCUGGAAUGUCACUCUCCCAGCUGAGCUGCCUGGAGCCACCUUGGGUUGGCUGAGAAUCUGGCCUCAUUGUCCAGCCCAUCGUGCCCAUUCCUGCAGCUCAACACUGGCCUCUGAAGUUCCCGUAACCCUCAGAAGUCUGUUUUACCUGUGCAUUUGAACUGGAGGACACUGUGGUUUCUAAUGUGUAUGAGCGCAAGAGCCCCUCUCUCCCGCAUGGGCUCCCCAUUCCCAGCACUGCACACACCCCUCUUCCGAGGUUCAAGUACCAGCAUCCUUAUUUAUAUCAGUCUCAGGCCCCUCCUACCCUUCCCCUAGAGACAUGGACGAUGGACAAUUGAGAGUCAAGAUUUUCCAUUGCGGACUUUUUUUUUUUUUUUUAAUCUCUUAGAAAUGCAUUUGAAACAGUGUGUUUGUUUUUUCCCUUCCAGUUAAGGGACUAUUUAUAUGUGUAUAGGAAAGUGGUCUUUUCUUUCUUCUUUUUUUUUCUUCCUUGAGUGAGGUCCAAAGAAAGACACAAAAGGAGAUCUUCCUGACUUUGCCCUGUGAGCCCCGUGUUAACAAGUCACUCCAGACUAACCUGCGUGCCUGGCGUUUCUGCAUUGUUGCACUUUGAGGUCAUUAUUUAUCGUGUUUUUGAAGGAUGCAGAAAGAGGGACACGUUUCUCCCUCAGUUCAUAGUCUCUCUGUUUUUUCCUAGUUGUACUCUUUCUCUGCUCUCUCUGUGCCCGGCCAGCCCUGGGCCCACCCCCUGGGAGAACAACAGGUAGAAACUUAGGGGUCACUGGUGAGAAGCCAUGUUGACUGAGGGGGGACAAAACUGAACCAGGUGGAGCCACCCUGGGCAGCUCUCACCCAUUCAGGGCAUCUUCCCCCUGCAGAAGACAUUUCCACUAAUCUUUUUGAUGCUUAUUAAAAUGGAGCCUGCAGGAGAGGGACGAGAUGACAGUCAGGGAUCCUGUUCUGUAGACUUUUUUGUUUGUUUUCACCAAAUCCAAAGUGCGCUACAGGAAAGCUAUACACUUGCUGAUUUUUUUUUUUUUAAGUAAAGGAAAGGAACCCAGUUGCUUGUUUCUUUCAUUUUUAAAAUAGCACUUGAGUUAUUUCUAAGUAAUCCAAUAAAGAAAUAAACUUUUGAUGGCAGCAAGAGUGUGUUAGAAAAUGGCUAAACAUUUCCUCUCCUGUGAAUCAGGAAGGCUUUACUCCUCCCUUUGAUGGGCCCCUGCUUCUUUCUGGUGCUCUGGAAGUUGUUUAGAGGAAAGGAUUCUAAUUUUAAUUAAUUGUGCAGUGAGUUAAUCUUCUGCACUUUUCUGCUUCCGGGGAUGUUAGGAAAAACAAACGGUCUUGGUAGAUAAGGGGAGCCUAUUAAUGUUUUUUAAAACAAACAGGGACAUUUUUAUUAUAGAUUUGACUUUUUAACAAAUGUUUUAUAAAAUGUAUAAAUAGGGCACCAAAGCUGCAGGGGUUUUUUUGUUUUGUUUUUACUCAAGAUGGCAAAUAAGUGGCCAGAAAUAUUUUUUAACUCAUUCCAAGCAACAUGGUUUUUUAUGCAUUGCCUAAAUCCAUGCCAACCAGAAAACCAUCUGUGUUCUCUUUUCUGAAAUGAGAUCGGCUAAGUCCUUUUUCUCUUAGCAUUAAAAUUGUUUUACUGUGAUCACUAGCUUACACCUGACUCAACUCCUUCUACCUGGAAAUUGACAUUUUUCUUAAAAAAAGGCAAGUAAAUGGUUAAUAAAUAGUGUGUGAUCUUCAGAGUUAAUGUAAACCGGAAAAGUUGUGUGUGGUUGUUUUUUGUUUCUUGGUUAGAUUUCGGUUUGGUUUUGUUUUUUAAUUUUUAUACUUCCAAAUAAACUUGCAGUUUCAUUCUUC